CGGCUGCGCUGCCUGCCCACUGCCGCCGCCAUCGUGCGGCGCCCUCCCCGCCCGCGGCGCGGCCAGCCGGGGCACACGGGCGGCCGGCGGUAGCGGUCCCGGCCCCUUCCCGGCCCUGCCGCCCGGCGAACCGCAGCCCCUCACCGAGGAGGAGCCCCCCGCCGGGAUGUGGAAGCUGGUGCCCGCCGCGGGAGCAGGGGAGCCAUAUCGGCUUUUAGUUGGUACAGAUUAUGUUGUUGGACGCAGAAACUGUGCAAUUUUAAUUCAGGAUGAUCAAUCCAUCAGUCGAAGUCAUGCGGUUCUGACAGUAAGUCGUCCUGAAACGACCCAGAGCCAGUCUGUUCCAGUCCCUACAUUAACAAUAAAAGAUACCUCCAAAUAUGGUACGUUUGUUAAUGGAUCAAAAAUGAAUGGAUCUUCAAGGCCUGUGCAGUCUGGUGACAGAGUCAAUUUUGGAGUCUUUAACAGCAAGUUUAGAGUGGAGUAUGAGUCUUUGGUUGUCUGCUCCUCGUGUUUAGACGCUGCUCAGAAAACAGAGUUAAAUCAAGCCAUCCAGCUCCUGGGAGGUCUUGUAGUGAAUGAAUGGACGAAAGAGUGUACUUACCUUGUAAUGGCAUCGGUAAAAGUUACUGUUAAGACUAUAUGUGCCUUGAUUUGUGGACGACCAAUUAUAAAACCAGAGUUUUUUGAAGAAUUAAUCAAAGCUGUUCGGUCCAGGCAACAGUUGCCAACUCCUGAAAGCUUUUAUCCUCCAGUUGAUGAGCCUUCCAUUGGUACUGAAAACCUGGAUUUAUCAGAGCAUCAAGAAAGGAAAAGAAUAUUCUUUGGAAAAACUUUUCUAUUUCUAACUGCCAAGCAGUACAAGAAACUGGGUCCGGCUGUUGUUCUUGGAGGAGGCGAAGCAAAAUUGAUGACGGAGGGAAGAAAAGAAACUUCUUCACUGGUUUCUCCUGAAGUUUGUGUUGUUGAUGUUGGGUUGACAGACUCCCAGAUCCUAGGAUCCGAGUCCAUGAGAAACUGGACUGAUUCCGUUCUGAAUGUCUUGCAAAGUAAUGAUCUCAGGGCUAUUCCCGAAGCAGAAAUCGGAUUGGCGGUAAUCUUCAGGUCUACAGAAACAUACUGCAACCCUAAAAAGCAGCCUGGUAACAAAGCUGUAACUAGAAGUACUUCUGCAUCAGGAAUAGGGCCAGCCAUUUCUCAGAGUUUGGCUGUGGAUGAAACCAUAAUGCCAACUGCUGCAGAUACCAGUACACUAUAUGUAGCUGAUACAGAAAUAGAAGAGCAGACACGUAUGGAGAUAGAGAAGACUUCCAAGACGAACAGAAGAGAAAAAGUAGCUUUCCAGGAUGUACCCCCUGUGAAGGAGAACCCUAGCACAAGUGGCAAUGUGAAUGCAGGAACACUGAUAUCUAGAGUGAAUAGAACAUCUACACUUAGUCAGAAAAGUCAUCCUUCCUCUCCAUCUAAAAUUUCAGAAGUCAGUAAACCUAGAGAGUCCACUCCACGUCAGCAGUCUAACUCGAUUACAAAUUACUUCCAAGUAGCUAGGAAAAGAGAAAGAGAUGAAGAAGGAGGAGAAACAACUGUCCCCAAACUAGCAAAACUGGAGGAAGGGUCAUCGUCUGUUUCCAAGCGCGUUGAAUCCACAGCUUCGUCAGUGUGGAACAAUGAAGAAGAACAGCAUCAAAAGGAAAAUAACAUCCAGCUGACAAGGGAAAGUAACGAUCUAGCAAGUGAUAAAACUGACACUAAAAUUACUUCUAGUGAAAAUCCUGCACCAAAGAAAAGAAAGGAGUUAGAUGAUUUGUCUGAAAAUACAGAGACACUAGAAAUUGUAUUUGAAAGCAGAGACCUAGACUGGAAAAAGCAAACGGCAAAUCAAGACCAGGAAUCUCAAGGCAAUAUACGAAAAAAAAGAUGUCUGGAAGCCAAAGGAAGCAGAAUUCAAGAAGUAAAUGCAAAGCAAAAAGAGGAGAAUGAAACGUUGAGAGAAGAUGAAGUUGGAUCAGUUCUAACUCUAGAAAAGAAAAGUGAGAUCAAGCAAGAAUCUCCUCCAGUCUUGAAGGACCACAACAAAAUUGAAGAUGACUCCAGCAGUCUUCCUAGCAGACUUCUGUUGACUGAGUUUAGAUCCUUGGUUGUCAGCCAUCCAAGACAGAACAGUCAGCUUAUUGGCAAUACCAACUGCAGGGGACAGAAAAAUUUCAAAAAGUUCAAAAAGGUCAGUUAUCCAGGGGCAGGACAACUUCCGUACAUUAUUGGAGGAUCAGAUUUGGUUGCUCACCAUGCUAGAAAGAGUUCAGAGCUAGAAGACUGGUUAAGAGAAGAAUUGGAGGAACAGAAUCGACGUGCAAGAGAAGAAUCACUUGCUGAUGAUCUCUUUAGAUACGAUCCUAAUGUGAAAAGGAGAAGAUAAAUUGUCACUUGAAGUUACCGGGAUUCUCUAGCAAAAUUUGCUGUCCUAUUCUAUAGAUGUUUGCUGAUUACAGCAUGUAAUAUAUAGUUGUGUACGACGAUUUGAGUUACCUGUUACUAUAAGACUUGUUUGUAUAUCUUGCUUUUAUUAAAGAAAAAGAGAAGAUUCUUUCAUUGCUUGGUGCUUAUGGAUAGCACAUGUUAAGGUCUUGAAAAUUCUUGCCUUAGAGCAAUGCUCAGUAAAAUAUCAUAUGUAUUUAGGAUUUCAUUUCAGGCUGUUUCUUUCUAAUGUUUGCUUGUCAGUACUUACGGAGAGAAGAAAAAGGAAGUCAGCACCAGGCUUUUUUCUUUUUAGAAAGGCAUUGAUAAAUAGAUUUUUGUAUGUAGUGACUGCUUUCUUGAGGACUUUGUGAAGUUUUUGAAGACUUCAUAAACAAGACAUUAAUAAAUUAGACUGAGCUUUGAA